AUGGGUGUGGGCUUAUUAAAUAAGAUACAUAUUCAAUUUCCGUUCACUUUUUGGGAUGAAAAACUCGACAAUAUAUUUAUUUCUUCGAAUCGUUUUCGAUUUUUUGGCUGUGCUUCACAGGAUCAUAUCCUUAUUUUAUUCGUUGCUGGUAAAUUAGCACGUGAAUUAGAACAACAAACUGAUGAACAAAUAGUUGAACAAAUUAUUCAAUGUCUUCAGCCAAUCUAUCCACAAAUGCCAAAGCCUACGAAAUGGUUAAUGACUCGAUGGGGAUCCGAUCCAUUUGCUUAUGGAUCUUAUUCAAAUUUUAAAACUGGUUCAACACAUGAAACUGUAGAAGAAUUAGCAAAAGAAUGUUAUGAUGGUAGAAUACAUUGGGCAGGUGAACAUACAAAUUAUGGUGGAGCAAUAGGAUGUGUUGAUAGUGCUUUUGAAAGUGGCCAUCGUGAAGCAAAACUUAUUUAUAAUAAACUAAAUUAA